AUAUACUUGACUGUUCUUUUUUCUAAUGUUUGUAAAAUAAAUACUACACUUCUUCAUUUCAAAUUUUUCAUCAUUGAUAAUGAAGUCAUUUAAGGCUGAUUUCCUGUGAGCACAGCUUUAGCUACGUCCUACAGAGUUGGGCAUGAAGACAUCUACCUUAGCAGUGUUGUCUACAUAUUUUAAAACUUCACAUUUGAGGUUCUCUUUGAUCCAGGGGUUUUUAAAAGAGAAUUUGUUAAUUUCUAAGUACUUAAAUUUGCUUCAUUUUUAAAUAUUUUAUUGUUUGCUUAGAAUUGUUUUGGGUUAUAAUCAAAUCAUGUGUCCUAUUACAUCUCUAUUCAACUUAUGUGGUAUGAUUAUUUUAUGCAAAUAUUCCACGGGCUUAAAUAGAUGCAAAGUUCUCUCUGUACAUAUAACAAUGAAAUUGAGAUUGCUGCAUGCAUUAUUCGAUUCCUUUAUUCUCUCCAGAAAUACACUCAUUUCUGGAAUGGGUGUCUUGAAGCCUGGGGAAGGGUGAGACCAGCGGUCCGUGGCCAUCUGCAGGACGCUUGCAAAGGCAGAACUCCAAGGAGGAGAGGCCAGGCGGGUGGGGGUGCUACAGGGAGGAGGGCGGAGCCAGGGGGGCGGCUAGUCCGGUUGCCAGGAGGCGGGGCCCGGACACAAUGGGGUCUAGGAGUUGGGCCGGGCGGGGCGGGAAUCGAGGCACAUUACCUGGCCUUCUCAGCGGGGAGUCACUGGAGCAGGUGCUGCAGGCCGUAAGCACACCCGCCGGGCCAUGGGCUCGGACGUCUGGGUCGGCCCGUGGCGGCCGCACCGGCCCCGCGGCCCCAUCGCAGCGCUCUACGGAGGCCCUGGGCCCAAAUACAAGUUGCCCACAAACACUGGCUACUUCCUACACGAUCCGUCGCGGCCCCGCGCCCCCGCCUUCACCUUCGGCGUGCGCCUCCCCACGCAGCAGACUUCGUGCGGCCCCGGGCCCAGCCACCUGGUGCCGGCUCGCAUGACCGUGCGCGGCCCGGACGGCACCCCCGCGUACUCCAUCUACGGCCGCCCGCGCCAUGCAGCGCCUUGCCUCACUCCCGGACCGGGCAGGUACUUCCCAGAGCUAGCAGAAAACGCGACAUACCCCAGCGCGCCUCGGCACACCAUCGCCUCCCGAAACUGGGGCACCCACGCGGAGAAUCAGACCCCAGGUCCCGGGACCUACACAGUGCCCUCGCUACUGGGCCCGCGCGUCAUCGGCAAAGUCUCUGCCCCAACUUACUCCAUCUGCGGCCGCAGCGCGGUGGGCAGCUUCAUCGAGGACCUAAGCAAGACCCCAGGUCCCUGCGCCUACCACGUGGUGAACCCUGGGAUCUACAAGUCUCGGGCACCUCAGUUCACGAUGCUGGCGCGUACUUCGCUCCCCCAAGACAACACCCUGAAUCCCGGGCCUGCAGCCUACAACGUGGACCAGGUGAUCUGGAUUCCAGGGUCAAGGGUUCGGGUCCAGGAUGGAGGGUCUGAGGUCUGGGGCCAGGGUUCCGAAGUCCCAGCGCGGGGCCGCACGGCCGGCUCCGCGAGGUCAACUACGUCUCAACGACGUCUUUUGGGUCUGCAGCACCGGAAGCCUCGCGGCUGGAGCUUCGGUACCCGGCACUCGGACUACCUGGCCCGGAUGGUGACCGACGUGGAUCACUGAGCAGAGGUCGAGGGGGCGGGCGCGGCCUUGCAAAUGUUUGCUUAAAGCUUCCGG